CUAGAGGUCUAGGGGGGCUCCGUAAAGUUGAUCCCAAAGUGUCUGUUGUAUUUCUCCCCUCCACCUUAAAGAAGGAGCUUCACUGAGCUGUGAGUGACUACAGACGGAGAUUCCUCCACCACGGAAAUGGAGACGGAGUGGUAGUGGGAGGCUGGAGGCUGGAGGGGCCGGACUGGAACUGGCUCUACUUCUCUAACAGCUACUGGACAGAUCUGGAUAGACACGAUAGGCUCUUCUUCCCCACUUCCUGAAUGUGCGUCAUUCACGUGUCAACACAGAGGAGUAGUAUAUAUAUAAGGAGUGCUGCUGCUGUUGCUGCUGUGGAGCCGCAGAACAGAAGAAAGCGCAGAGAUGUCCUCAUGUACGGAGUUUGAGUCACUGGAUGAAUGUCUGGAGUCUCACCUGCCAGAGGCCGAGCUGUCAGAGGUGAAACGCAUCUUAUACGGGAAGGAAACCAAGAAGUUGGAGCUCCCUGCAAGUGCCGUGAACGCUGCCUCUGAGCGUGACUUUGAGCUGAAGGGUUACGGGUUUGAAGCCGCACAGGAACAACUGAGGCCGCCCAGAAAGAUCCGCGUGGGACUCAUUCAGCUCCGCAUUGUUCUGCCCACUGAUGCACCCAUCCUGGACCAGGUCAAUGCCAUGCAUAAACGGGUUGGUGAAAUGGUUGAAGUGGCAGCCAUGUGCGGUGUAAACAUCGUCUGCUUUCAGGAGACCUGGACCAUGCCCUUUGCUUUCUGCACCCGUGAGAAAGAACCAUGGACGGAGUUUGCAGAGUCCGCUGAAGAAGGACACACCACACAGUUCUGCCAAGAGCUGGCCAAAAAAUACAACAUGGUGGUCGUUUCUCCGAUUCUGGAGCGAGAGGGGCUGCACAGCACUCUGUGGAACACAGCAGUGGUGAUCUCCAACUCUGGAAAUGUGCUGGGAAAGAGCAGGAAGAACCAUAUUCCCAGGAUUGGAGACUUUAAUGAGUCUACUUAUUAUAUGGAGGGCGACACCGGCCACACAGUGUUCCAGACACAGUUCGGGAACAUUGCUGUGAAUAUCUGCUACGGGCGCCAUCACCCUCUCAACUGGUUCAUGUACAGUAUGAAUGGAGCUGAGAUCAUCUUCAACCCCUCAGCUACUGUUGGAGCUCUCAGUGAGCCCAUGUGGUCUAUCGAGGCCAGGAAUGCAGCAAUAGCUAACCACUGUUUCACUUGUGCAAUCAACCGUGUUGGGACGGAACAUUUCAAAAGUGAAUUCACAUCAGGUGAUGGAAAGGAAGCUCACCAUGACUUUGGACACUUCUAUGGAUCCAGUUAUGUGGCUGCUCCUGACGGCAGCCGCAGCCCGGGGCUCUCCAGGACCGGUGAUGGACUACUGGUGGUAGAAAUGGAUCUCAACCUGAACAGACAAAUCAGCGACAAAUGGAGUUUUAAGAUGACUGGGCGGUAUUCCGAGUACGCAGAGGAACUUACCAAGACUGUCGGACGUGACUUCAAACCCAACAUAGUGAAGGAGUAGAUGAUAUUCCACUAUAGUAGAUGUAACUCUCUUUUAAAAAAGUUGCUCUGAUGUCUUUAGAGGACAAAAAUGUCUGGGUCAAACAACUGCAAUAAAAGUAUUAUAUAUUCAUA